CCCGCGCCGGUAGCGGCCCCGCGCCCGCUCCGGCGCCGCUGCCGCCCGCGCCCGCGCCGCUGGCCACGCCGGAGCCGGGGCCGGAGCCGGCGGGUGCGCACACGUCGAGGCCGUACGUGAACAGGAAGCUGCCGGCCAAGAAGCCGGAGCCGGCCGCGCCGCCGCCGCCGCCGCCCGCCGCCGACAAGAUGUUUACCGAAUCUCAGGAGAGCUGGAAUUCGGAAGAUGAUCCUUAUAGAUUGUGGUGUAUAUGUAAACAGCCCCACAACAAUCGCUUCAUGAUAUGUUGCGACAGCUGCGAGGACUGGUUCCACGGCAAGUGCGUCAACAUUACCAAAGCGAUGGGCCAGCAGAUGGAGGAGGACGGCAUCGAGUGGCGGUGCCCCAACUGCGUCAAGAAGACGAAGCCUACUCCUAAAACUAUUACUAAUAAAAUGACAAUUCAGAAGAAACAAGAAGUAGAGAGUGAUCAGUCCCCACCACUCCUUGUGUCGCCGCCUGCGAGCAAAGUGUUGUCGUCGAAGACAAGUUGCAUUGUGUGCAAGAAGCCUGCCCGCGCCAGCAGCAUUUACUGUAGUGACGCUUGUAUUCUCAAACAUGCGCAGGACUCGCUGGGCAAUCAGACGCCAGGGAAAGGAGAUGGGGACACUCAUCACGAUAAAUCGAAAUCUGAUUCCAGGGUUAUUGUGUACGAAAGAAAGUCUGGCAGAGUACUCGCUGGACCGAAUGCGCCCACACCUGAAAACUUGAAAGUUUGGCUACAAAAGAAUCCUACUUUUGAAGUUGUACGCCCUGGAGCCCUAAGUGCUAUUAAACCGAAUGUAAUGAAGAAGAAAGCGGCAGCGGCAGCAACCAAGGAACCAACAAGAAUUCAAACAACACUUAACUUUGAGCGGAUUCCGAAAAAACAAGGGUUGCAAACUAAGGAACUUAAAGAGAUUCCUCCUAAACUGAUGUAUUCAAGAGAAGAGCCGAAGACUAUGACGUCACCUAAAACUCCAGUGACGCCGAAAUCACAGCAGCCGCAAUUCCCCGACACUCCAAGAGCCAGCACUUCCGGGUUACGAACUAUCCCUGAACCCAGGAAACUCGUUCGCACCGCUAACCGGUCGGUCAACGAGAAAACGCCUAAGGCACCGUCAGUCUCGCCGGCUGCAGCGCGCAAGAAGGACACUCCGCCCGACACUAAGAGCAAAAUGAAGUCCGCGGAGCCCAUCCGGGACAACGUGAGGAAAGCCCUGCAGGAGCAGAUGACUGCUCGCAUGGCCGAGAACACCGGGCCCAAGUUCAGUGAAAACGAGAUCAGACAGUUCGCCUACGACACAGAGUUCGAACUGCACGAGUUGUUCCGGGACGUCGGCAUGAAGUAUAAGGCGAAGUACAGAUCGCUAAUGUUCAACAUCAAAGAUCGGAAAAAUCUUUCGCUGUGGCAGAAAAUCUGUGAUAAAACUAUAACACCUAAGCAAUUGGUACGAUUGUCGCCAGAGGAAUUAGCUAGUCAGGAGUUAGCGCAAUGGAGAGACAAGGAAGCUAAAUAUCAGUUGGAGUUGAUAAAGAAAUCUGAACUCGAUCUGUUAGCUGCCAGUAAAACAUAUGUUCUCAAGACACAUAAGGGAGAAGAGGUAAUGGAGACAAAAGAAUCGGUUUCCACCGAGUUAGACCCAAAUGUGCCAGUAGAAGAUUUGGUCUCUGCUUUGAACGACUCAACUGCUACUGAAGAACCUUCAAAAGACAACUCCUCUGAAACCGCCGAAAGUCCAGUGAAGGCAGACUCUAAAAAGCAUAGUAGUAAGAAAAGCGCAAAAGAUUCCCAUUCCAAAAUGAGUAGUCGAGAAUCAAAACGUGACUCGGAAAGCAGAAAAUCACGAUCGUCAAGAAGAAAGUCGGACAUUAAAGAUAAAGAUGAGAGACAUACAAGACGAUCGGAAAAAAGAACGAGAGCCGCAUCCAAAGAUAGGUCUAGGAGAGACUCUUCGAAGGAGAAAGAAAGCGAACGCAGCAGACGAAGAUCGCGGUCGAGAACUAAAUCUAAAAAGCGGUCGAAGUCUCGAGAACAUUCCAGAUCGUUGUCGCAGAGUCGGGACGAGUCGCGCUUGCGCAGGCACUCGCGCCGCUCCAAGUCUAAGGAGCCCUCGCGGCGCAGGAACAGCUCGCGCUCCAAGCACAGAAGCAGCACGGACGACAAGGCCAAACAUCGCUCUAGAUCUCAAGAAGUGGUUUACACUAAGAGCAAGAAUGAAUCUACAGAUUCCGAUUCAUUGGAGAGGCCAAAGUCUGCGAUGCUAAAGGAAGCUCAUCCCGAAUACGAUCCCCACGAACCCAUGAUCACUUCCGCGUUCUCCGAAGAAGACCUGAGGAAAUCGAGGGACGAUGUGUAUGAAGAUAGCUAUAACAAGAAUGAGAUCGGGGACUACAGUGGCACGGAAUACGAUCCGUCGAAAACUUUCGCAGUGGAUGCAAGUUUAUUACCCGGCUCUACUUUUGCUUCACCAAAACCUAGUUCUGAAAAACUGGAGAAAGUUGCAGAGGCGGAGAGCGACCAGGAGCCCAGCAGCACGGUGGAGCAUUCUUCGGCGCCGGUGUGGAACGGCUGCAUCAACAUGGUGGACGUGGCGCGUUUCUACGUUGCCGCACAUGAGGUAUCCGGAACAGCGGCGGAUAUAGAAGAAGAUCUCAGCACGGAACUGGAUAUUGUGGGCAGGAUAAACCCGGACACGGUGUGGGACUACAUCAGCAAGAUGAAGAGAGCUAGCAAUAAAGACAUUAUCAUAUUAAAGUUGCAGGCUGCGAACGACGAGGAAAAAAUGCAGUACAUAGCGCUAUACAGCUAUCUCAGUAGUAGGAAUAGGCUGGGCGUGGUGCGCGUGCUGAACACGACGCUGGUGAAGGACUUCUACAUCGUGCCGCUGCCGGCGCACACGGCGCUGCCGGCGGUGCUGCUGCCGCUGGACGGGCCGGAGCCGGCGCUGGAGACGCGCACGCACCUGCUGGUGGCCAUCGUCAUCCGCCAGCGCAAGAAGCGCGUCGCCGCCGCGCCGCCCGCCGCGCCGCUCCCAGCCAAGCAAGUCCGGCGUUCAUCGCGCAAGCGCUCGUACACGCCACCGGUUCUCGCGGCGGCGGCCGCGUCCUACACGCCGCCGGCGUCGCCGCGGCGCCGCGCGCUGCCGCUGCCCACCGCCUACACCUCGCCCAAGCUGUCUACUUCAGUCAAGGACAAGAUAGCCGCUACACUUGCGUCAGCGGACGACGACGAGGCGUACAGCCCGGGCUCGUCGACCAGCAGCGGCAGCGCGCCCUCGUCACUGCGCUGUAAGAUGGAGGAGCUCAACCGCCAGAUCGAGGAGCAGAAGCAGCAGAUACGCAAGAUGACGCAGGCCGACUCCGCAGCUGCUGGCGAGGACGAGGCGUACUCGCCGUCGCGGCCGAUGACGCCGCCGGGCGCGAGCGCGGGCGUCGUGCCGCUGGCAGACAUCGCGCUGCCCUCCAACCUGCAGGAGAUCCUCGCCACCAUCAAGCAGCGCUCCGAGCCCGCCGCCGCCGACGUGGACAUGCGCCUGCCCCAGCAGCUGCCUUAGCCCCCGGACUCGAUCAAACGUUCCGUAACAAGAUGUUAAACAUUUACGCCUCACGAGCGUUGAAGAUAGCGGUCGGAACGACCACUAGACUCUUAACUUUUGAACGUACUUUUGAGUUGGAUUGCCCUGCGUUAAGUUUAUGAUGCUGGUGAUUUCUAAAAUUAAACAGUGCGGCCUGUGACUCCUGUUUUUUGCGUCAGUGCUUUUUUUUAUUACAAAAGGACAUUGCUAUUUUUGGUCGUGUAGAACUGAACUAAAAUCAGAGUGUAGUGUUUUUAAAAUCCCGUGGAGAAUCAUUUGGAAAUUAUAUGUGUAUUUUUUUUACUAAAAUGUUUGCGUAUAUUUAGGUCAAUGUUGAGCGGUGAAUCAGUGUUACUUUUUACAUAUUUCGAGAUUGAAAUUGUUAAUUCACAGUGAAGUUUAGUCUGAUUUAAUGAACUGUAAAAGAUAUUGCUAUGAUCUAUAGAUAACUAUAAUGAACACGUUUAAACAUUGUCUUCUGCCAUUGGUGUAGUUUUAAAGCUGAUUGUUUUAUAGUAGGAUGUAGUACAAGAUUAUUUAUAAAUAGUGUUGUAUAAUUGCAGCAAGUAAUUUACUUAUUCUGUACUUGUAGAGAAAGGAAUGUAUAAAUGAUUAUGGUUUAAUCCGCCUGCGAGUGCAUAGAGAGUCCAUCUACUGUGUAGUGGUUAUGUAGAGAGUAUGUUAUGUGUAUAUUUCUACUUUUGUAGACUAAUUUAGACUUACUUUUUUAUUACUUCAAUGGACUAGUUAUUACUUUAAAUGUAAAACACGGAAAUGCAUGCAUGCUUAGCAUGUAAUCUUUUUGAGAAUCUAUAUGUGCAAUAGAUUGUAUAAGAAUGGUCAAUAUUUGUAUUGAUUCAAUAAUAUUAAGUGUCUAUCACAAUCUUAUACUUCAGUGAUCACUGAUCAACAUCAGACUGUAAAUAGUUUAAACCUAAAUAUAGUUAUGAAAUCUUUAAUGCUGUGUACAAAAUUAAACAUAUAUGGCACAUAGACUCGAAA